UGGAGAUGAAACGAACUCUCGCGAGAUUUCACAGAGUUGAGUAAACGCCACGUCCUCUGCGCAGCCUCCAUUAGCAUCCUGGUGCUCAGCGGGUUUCAGCUCUUUACGGAUCUCACAGCCGGUCAGACGGAGAGUUACCGACCGGCACGACAGCCACCGACACCAGACACCAUCUGGGGAUAAUAUGGGCUGUGUACAUCUGCUGACACUGGCCACAUCAGCAUUACUACUGUUAGCCUCCCAGUCAACAUUCGCUCACAGCCACUCCCAUGGCGACCACGGACAUGGCCACCAUCACCAUGGCCACUCCCAUGGAGAAGAUGAUCACCAUGGACACUCUCACGGCGCUCAGGUGAAGAUGUUCCACGGAGCGAGCAAGUGGAGCGCAGAGGCUAACCUACCUGAGGAGGACGACCAUGGACACGACCAUGGACACGACCACGGACACGACCACGGACAUGCACACGCUCAUGACCACGGACAUGCACAUGCUCACGACCACGGACACGACCAUGGACACGCUCACGGACACGCACACUCUCACGACCACGGGCACGCUCAUGAAGAUGUUCUUGUGCACAAGGAGAGUGGGCAUGGGCACUCGCACGGAGAGGAGAGAGAGAAGAGGGAUACGAUGGAGCUCUGGACGCAGGCUAUCGGAGCUACCCUGCUGAUCAGCGCGGCUCCUUUCCUCAUCCUGUUUCUGAUCCCGGUUCAGUCCAACAGCGACCAGCACCAGUACCUGCUCAAGGUGCUGCUCAGCUUUGCCUCCGGUGGACUACUGGGCGAUGCCUUCCUUCACCUCAUACCUCACGCUCUGGAGCCUCACUCUCAUCACGGAGACGGCGAUCACGGACACUCGCAUGCAAGUGAAGAGUCACAUGACCAUGGUCACUCCCAUGGAGCUGCGCACGGUCACAUGAUGUCGGUGGGUUUGUGGGUCCUCGGUGGGAUCAUCGCCUUCCUGGUUGUAGAGAAAUUUGUGCGUCUGCUGAAGGGAGGGCACGGCCACGGACAUUCCCACAGCCACUCACAUGCUGCGUCCAAGGAAAAGGACAGUGAUGGAGAGGAAGACAAAGACAAGAAGAAGAAAGAGAAAGGAAGCAAAGAUGAGAAGGUGCCGACGAAAGACGAGCAAAUGAGCACAGACAUCAAAGUGUCGGGUUACCUGAACCUGGCAGCGGACUUCACACACAAUUUUACCGAUGGCCUGGCAAUCGGAGCGUCAUUCCUGGUGGGUCCAGCAGUGGGCGCUGUCACCACUCUCACCAUCCUGCUGCACGAGGUCCCACAUGAGAUCGGAGACUUUGCCAUCCUCGUCCAGUCUGGCUGCACCAAAAAAAAGGCCAUGUGUCUACAGCUGUUGACGGCCUUAGGAGCCUUGGCUGGCACAGCUUGCUCCCUAUUGGCCGAAGGCGUGGGCGCCGCGGCGACUGCCUGGAUCCUGCCGUUCACGGCCGGAGGGUUUGUUUACAUCGCCACGGUGACCGUGCUCCCGGAGCUGCUGGCGGGCCGCUCCAGUUUCGGCCAGUCCCUGAUGGAGAUUCUGGCGCUGCUGUUUGGAGUUGGCAUGAUGGUGCUGAUCGCAGAGUACGAGUGAGGCCCAGCGGAGACGACUUCUCUCCCAGAGUGAGACAGGAAGGGGAGGAACAGAGAGACGGACAGGAAAAGGUCAAAAAGGUUGAAGAAGGCGCUUUUAAGUAGAAUUCAUGUGGAUUAUUUUGUCAGGGGUGUUUUUCCUUGUGUUCGAUUUAGGGACAAACGCCACCCAUUCUUGGCAUACGGGGGAAUUUUGUUGUCUUGUGUUUUUUAGCAGUUUACGAUCACAUCCCUGAUUUUUUUAUUUACUUUUUGAGAGGAAAAGAAUCUGUGGCGUGACAACGGAUCAGCAGCGGAGACUGAGAGCUGGGAAGAAAGAAAACUGGUGGAAACUUUUGUGUUGCUCACUGGGGGCCUUCAUCGGGACAGGAGGUGGAAUCCAUCUGUCCGUCGGCCCCAAAAUUCACUUGACACUUUCGCUACGUGGAUCAUCGACACUGUGGCUGCAGCUUUAAUUCCCUCCAACAGUGGCUUAACGUCAAUUUAUUUCACAGCCAAAACAAUGAAAAUAAAUUUAACAAGCGGCCGCUCCUUUAAUCCACAUUUCAGAGUUGGUUCGAUGAAACAAGAGAAAGCUCAGUUAUACAUGUUUCAUUAUCAAUGUUGAUAUUUUUACAUUCCACAGAAUAAAAAUAAAUGUGGCUUCUGCAGAUGUGCUCUUAAUGUCAACAUAUUUACUCUAAAUCAUUCAGAUUUCAACAGGUGUUUGUUUGUUUGUUUGUUUCAACUUUAAACAUUCCUAAAUCUAUUUUUUUCUUCCUGACUAAAAAAAAAAACCACACAAUAAAGAUUUAAAAUCUACUUUUCAGAUUGUUUUCAAAAACAUGAGAAUAUGUCGUGUGAAGCGGAAAUGAAAUGUGAUUCUUCCUCUUAUCAGCAGACCCGCCCACGUGCCUGAUUACUGAGUGAUGCUGAAAACACCUGAGCCGGAUUAAUUUGGGUCAUAUCAAUGUGUGGGUGUGACCCAUAUUAAUCCCUGUGCCCUAGUUUCCUCUGCCAGGCUCGCUGCAAACGUUUCCUGCAAAGUUUCAAGUGCGGUCGAGAGGUUUAUGAAAUUUAUAAAGAUGUAAAGGGUUAAAUGGAAAAGGUGCAGCUAAUCUGACACAAAUUAAUCCCAGUUUGUGUUUGUUUAAAGAAAAUGAAAGAUUCAGGGUCACACAGACCCUGAAACGAAUUUGUAAUUUCAGGCUUUAUAAUAAACUGGCUAGACUGUUGAACAUAUUUUUUCCAGCAACAA